GAAAAGUUAUGUGGCCCUUACAGGAAAAAGGUUUGGGGACCCCUGAUGUACAGUAUAUGGUGUGUGCUUAUACACAUUAUCAUUAUGCUCUGACAAACACUGGUUCAAUCUUUUCUAAGAUUAAAAUGAACAAAAACCAAAACCUCCAAGUAAGACGGGACCAGGACCCUGAGAACAGACCUGAACCAGAAACUCAUGUCAGGGACCAGUGGGCCUCUAAGAUGGAGUACAUCUUGGCGGUGGCGGGACACAUUGUUGGUCUGGGAAAUGUUUGGAGGUUUCCUUACCUCUGCUACAAAAAUGGAGGAGGGGUUUUCUUUAUUCCCUAUGUUUUGUUUUUGUUCACCUGCGGCAUCCCGCUCUUCUUUCUUGAGACGUCGUUGGGUCAGUUCACCAGUCAAGGUGGGAUAACAUGUUGGAGGAAAAUCUGUCCCCUUUUUGAAGGCUUGGGCUAUGGAAGCCAAGUGGUUGUUUUGUACACUGGGAUGUAUUACAUCAUCAUACUGGCUUGGACUCUUCUAUACCUGUUUUCUUCAGCCAGGAGUGAGCUUCCAUGGGUGAGCUGUAACAACAGCUGGAACACAGAUGCAUGUUUCGAGUAUGGCCGCAAUAAAACGUCCCCACUGUACAGGAAUUCCACGUCUUCAGUCGUAGAGUUUUGGGAGAGAAGAAUAUUGGGGCUGUCRGAUGGAAUUGAGAAGAUUGGAAGUGUUCGUUGGGACUUGGCCAUCUGUCUACUUUUGGUCUGGGUGUUGUGUUAUUUCUGUGUCUGGAAKGGAGUCAAGUCUGCAGGAAAGGUGGUGUACUUCACUGCCACUUUUCCAUAUGUGAUUUUGGCAGUGUUGCUGGUUCGAGGUCUUACAUUACCGGGAGCCAAAGAUGGAGUUCUUUUCUACCUCUACCCAGAUCCAUCUCGCCUCAUUGACCCAGAGGUUUGGAUGGAUGCAGGAAGUCAGAUUUUCUACUCCUACGGUGUUUGCACUGGUGUYCUGACAUCAUUAGGUAGCUACAACAAGUACAACAACAACUGCUACAGAGACUGUGUUCAUCUGUGCUUGUUAAACAGCUUAACCAGCUUUGUAGCUGGCUUCGCCAUCUUCUCUGUGCUCGGYUUUAUGGCCAAGGAGCAGGGUGUGGAUAUAUCAGUGGUGGCUGAAUCAGGCCCAGGCUUGGCAUUUAUUGCUUAUCCUCGAGCCAUGGCUCUGAUGCCUCUUCCUCAGCUGUGGGCAGUUUUCUUCUUCAUUAUGCUCAUUCUUUUAGGAUUAGAUAGUGAGUUUGUAUAUCAGGAGUCCUUGGUCACCACAAUCUCUGACAUGUAUCCCUCCUUUUUUCAAAACGCCUGUCGACGUAAACUUCUUCUUUUAUUCAUUUGUAUCGGAGGUUUCCUCGUUGGUUUGGUGAUGGUAACUGAGGGAGGCCUUUAUGUUUUCCAGCUGUUUGAUUACUAUGCCUGCAGCGGGAUGGCACUGUUGUUAUUUGCUAUUCUUCAGUCUGUCUGUGUCGGAUGGAUCUAUGGUGCAGAUCACCACUAUGAUAAUAUAGAAAGCAUGAUUGGCUAUCGUCCCUGGCCUUUUAUGAAAUACUGUUGGAAGUUCUUCACACCAGCUAUCUGCACUUUCACAUUUCUGUUCUCUGUGGUCAAACAUGUGCCUCUCAAAUUCAACAACACCUAUGAAUACCCAUGGUGGGGWUAUGCUGUUGGAGGAUUUUUCACACUAUCUUCAACAUUAUUGGUACCUUUAUGGAUGUUUUACGCCAUAAUCAUCACUCCAGGAACACUAAAACAAAGAUUAAAACAUCUUUGCACUCCAGCAAAAGACUUACCUUGGGCCACAAUAAAGAAGACAUCAAACCAUGAAGCUUUUCAGACGUUCACAGAUUUGUUCACACUGCGCAAAAAAGAGGAUUCAGGUGAAAAUAAGGACAGAACUCAGUGGUCAUCUGUACUUUAAGGCACAAUAAAUAAAUAAAUAAAUAAAUUACAAAGAAGUUAGCAAGAUUACUUUAACUAAGGUUACCCAGCAGGUUACAUCUGAUUUUUUGUUCUGUUUGCUUUUUUUAUAUUCUUACCACCUGAUAAUGGACAUGGUUUGAUAUAUUAAAAUUUUAUUGUUUUUGCAUAUAAAAAAGACUAAAUGUCUUUUUUGUCCACUUUUUUCAUCCACUUCUUUUUUUUCUAAAGACAUUUGCAUUAUUUGCAAUUUGCCUCUAGGGGGCGCUAAAUAUCUAUUUUUGAAUCAUUUUAUAGCGAAAUUGAAGCUCAACUGUGCUCCUGAGCUGCAUUCACCAGUAGGUAUCUAUUC